AUGGCUUGCUGCUACAUAGCUGCCUUCUGCAUCAGCCAACUGGUCAACGCCUGCCAGUUUCUAGACCUCGACAACUCGAUUCGAUACAAUGAGGACAAGUCCGAGUUGCAGUAUCCUGAGAGGCCCAGAACAGCCGACGACCAGAAAGUCGAGAGCAACUCGAUUGUUCUGUCGCUCUCAGGCAUGACAUGCUCCGCCUGCUCGAGUUCCGUAGAGGCCUCUUUGAACAGCCUUCCCGGUGUCGAUAGGGCUAGGGUAUCGUUGGCUCUUCAACAAGUAACUGUCAUUGGGAACAGUCCAAAUCUCGACCGAGAAGCGAUCAAGAAUACGGUGCUUGAUCUUGGAUAUGGAGUGGAGAUUGGACCUCGAUCACCGAAGGAGAUAAUAGACGUUUUACUGUCCAAAGAGGAGAUUGCUCGGCUCAAGUCAAGUUUCUCUCAACUUGCUCAAUGCGCCACCGUUAUCCAGCUCGUCAGCUUGCUCCUCUCAAAAUUUGGGCGAGAACGGCUAUCCUCGUUUAUUCUAUUCUUUAUCCAUCUGUUUUGUGCAUCCCUCGUUCUAUUUGCACAGCAUCAGUACGUCUCAUGGAUACACAUAGACGGCUGGAAAUGGGUUCGAGGUGGACAGCCGAACAUGAACACACUCAUCUCCUCAUCCGUCUCCCUCGGGACAGCCUUCUCAUUCCUCGACCUUCUGGUUCGAGGCCCUGUCAAAGCCACGCCAUAUUAUAGUUCAGUCAUUGGACUUGCCCUUGUGGUGGUUUCUGGGAGAUAUCUCGAAACCAUGUCCCGCCGGUCUGCGGCCGAACACUUGAUCAGGGUCUAUCAGCCGCUUCUGGAGGACCAAUAUGUCAAGAUGUACUCGACGGGACAGCUCGUCCCUCAGAGCUUCCUUCGACCCGGAGAUGAAAUCGUCAUCGAAUCCUUUUCCACCAUUCCGUGCGAUUGCUACAUCACUCUUGGCUCGGCUUCAAUCAACCAAGCAAUUGUAACAGGCGAAUCCAUGCCGGUCAGGAAGAGCGUCGGCGACUUCCUUCUUGGCGGCACUCGAAAUAUGGGCCAACAGCUUGUCUGCGUCGUGCACAAAGAACAGGGCAGCUCGUUCUACGCUCAGCUGGUACAGAGCGCCGUUGAAGCCUCCGGAUCCAAGUCGGAAGAUUUCCAGUUUUUGGACCUUACAAUGAAUUACUUUGUCAUCAUUGUCAUGUCUCUGGCCAUUUUGGUGCCCCUGAAAGACAUUUACUGGUCUGCCCACUCGUUGAACUACACGUUUCUUCGGGCGGCCAUCCUGCGUUGCAUGACGAUCCUGACCUGCGCGUGUCCAUGUGCAUUGGGACUAGCGAUACCCUCAGCAGUUGUAGCAGCUGCUAACGUCGCUAGCCAGAAGGGCAUAGUCCUAACCAAAGGGUUUUCCACGAUUCAAAAACUUUGCAGCACCCAAACGGUCGUAUUUGACAAAACUGGGACCCUCACGAAGGCAACAUUAGACGUUUCGCGCUUUCAGACGUCAAAGACAUGGGCCCAUCAUACGGCAGACUUUUGGACCUACAUAUGUGCGAUCGAGGAACACACCAUGUCGACUCAUCCCCUUGGACGAGCCAUCUUCUCCGCCGGAGUUGCGCAUCUAGAAGAUCCUUGGGUCGAGGCCAAGAUGGACCUUUGCACUGAAGGAGUAAUGGUUGAGCCGGGUAUGGGGAUUUCGGGGGAUGUGUCGAUAGCGAGUCAGCCGUGGCAGCACGUCACCAUCGGGAGUCUACGGUACCUGCAAUCCUGUGGCAUACUUGAUCUCCCAGAACCGCCCCAGGAGUCCGGCUGUGGAGUGAUAUCUGUUCACAUCGGCAUAGACUACACAUAUGCCGGAACACUGUUAGUCACUGACGCCGUGAGGGAAGACGCCAAAGCUACGAUGAGACAACUCGAUCUCAUGGGUUGUGAGACCAAAAUGCUUACCGGAGAUGUGUCUCACUCGGCUCAGCGAGUUUCCCUUGAACUUGAGAUUUCCGUCCUGGCGUCUGAAGCCAAACCCCAGGACAAACUGAACAUGAUCAAGCGUCUCCAGGACGAUGGAAGUAUUGUCACCAUGGUUGGAGAUGGGUUAAACGACGCUCCAAGUUUAUCCGCCGCUGACGUCGGCAUUGCCCUUUACCACGAAGCCGCAACUCCUACAGUGGGUGCAUCCGUCGUGAUUCUCAACUCACGCCUGGAUUCGAUCCCCUUACUUCUGAAAAUUGCCAAGCACACAGUUCAGCAGAUCAGAUACAAUCUUGCUUGGGUUUUGGGCUACAACUGCGUCGCUCUUAGCAUGGCUGCCGGAUUCAUCAGUCCUUUUGGCGUUGUUUUGACACCACCUCUUGCGGCGGCGUUCAUGUCGGCUUCUUCGAUACUGAUCACUUUGAAUGGGCUUUGGUUACGCAGUAGGUUGGCUGCUUUGGAUACCUAG